UAGACUUACACGAGGGCGGCUCUGGCAAGAUGGCUCCAGCAGUGAGGACACUCAUGCAUGCUGUGUGAAGGAGGAAACGUAGAGCAUGAGAACUGCUGGAAGGUAGCGAUGUUGGCGGUGCAGCUAUUGUCUCGUCUUCGCGCCUUGUCCGACCAGGUUCGAUGGUGCCAAGCUGUCAUUUGCCAAGGCAUUCAUUUUCCGUCCUCGCUGCCGGCCCAGCUUGGGUCGCAUCACCGCCCCCUGUCCACUGACAUCUCACUAUAUGCCAAGAAAGAACCCUACACCAAGAGGAAGAGGGAGCUAAGUGAGAAGAAGCUGACUCGUUACUUUGUUGAUCACCGUAGAGUUAAAGUAGCGGGAGGAGCCGGUGGAGACGGAGCCUGCUGUUUUCACAGUGAGCCUCGGAAGGAAUUUGGAGGACCAGAUGGAGGGGAUGGAGGAAAUGGAGGACACGUGAUAAUUAAAGUGGAUCCCUCUGUGAAGUCUUUGGCCUCCAUUGUUCCUCAAUACCGGGGUAUUGACGGACGACCAGGGCGCAGCAAGAACUGCUACGGAAGAGGUGGAGAUGAUGUCUUUAUUAAGGUUCCAAUCGGAACGCUGGUGAAGGAAGAUGGUGUGGUCCUUGCAGAUCUCUCCACCUCAGGCGAGGAGUUUGUAGCUGUUCACGGUGGGAUGGGUGGAAAAGGAAACCGGUUCUUCCUCAGCAAUGAGAACCGAGCCCCAGUAACUACAAUACCCGGAGAACUGGGAGAAGAGAAGUCACUCCAGCUGGAACUGAAGACCAUGGCGCAUGCUGGCAUGGUUGGUUUUCCUAAUGCUGGAAAGUCUUCUCUGUUACGUGUUCUUUCCAAUGCCCGACCAGCUGUGGCAGCAUACCCUUUCACCACCCUCAACCCCCAUGUUGGCGUCAUCCGUUACCAAGACUAUGAACAGAUUGCAGUGGCGGAUGUCCCCGGCAUCAUAGAAGGAGCUCACCAGAACCGGGGUUUGGGCCUGUCUUUCCUUCGGCACAUUGAGAGGUGCCGCAUUCUCCUCUAUGUGUUGGACCUGGCACACCCUGAGCCCUGGACCCAGAUGCGCUCCCUGCAGUACGAGCUGAGCCAGUUUGAUGAGAACCUCACCCAGCGACCUCACAUCGUCGUGGCCAACAAAAUAGACCUUCCCGAAGCCGGGAAGACACUCGCCAACCUGCGACAGGAGGUGGGCGGCAAAAUCAUCGCAGUGUCUGCUCUGACCGGAGAGAACGCCGAAGAACUGAUCCUCUGUAUCCGAGAGUUGUAUGAUGGACAGAGGACUGGAGCAAGGAAGACGGAGAAGUAUUCUGGCUGGUAGUACAAAUGGCAAACCGUGCCAGCUGCCAGAAAGGAAAGCAUUUGAAUGACUUAGACACUGAUUCAUUGCACAUUUUUCAUCUUAUCAAUAUAUACUUCUUAUAAAAAUGUCUGCAUACAAAUACAUACCGAUUGUCUGUUACUGGCUAGGAGUAUUUUCUGCAAUACCUAAAAGUACCAGUAGCUGGCAGUGUGUGCUUUGUAAUAUGCAUUAGUACCAACAUUGGCCCAGAUCCUCAAAGGGCUUACGACGGCGCAACGCAAUGUACGCCGUCGUAAGUCCUAAUCUGGGCCGUCGCAUCUAUGCGACUG